AUGUGGGAACUAACUAAUCAAGACAUUGUAAUAAUAUUAAGUGUGUUAAGUGGGUGUUUGAUAUUUUACAAUUUAUGGGGCUAUUUUAUCGGUAAAAUAUUAAUAACUAUUGCCAUAAUAUAUAGUUGUAUAUACAUUUUGAUUAACGAAAAUUACAACACGCUUCUAACUAAAAUAAACGACAGUAUAAUAAAAGCCGGGGAAAAUAUUCCGGAUUUAUUUUCACUAUUUUAUCAUCAGUUAUUAUCAUAUCUCCACCAAUUUGUUGGUUUUGUUAAAAAAUUUUACCAAAAACAUUUUUCCAAAAUGGAACGACGUGGAAGAAACUCGUAUCAACUCAGCAGUGAGUCAUCAAUUAGCAUGUCAAAUAAUUCACAAUUGGGCCUUAUGAGUGCAGUGAGUCCCAUCGUCAAAAAUUCACGGCGUUCCAUUGUCUCAGGGUCCGAGAACUCUGUGGCAAAGCGUUUGUCACCAUCAACAUCACCAUCUUCAUCUUUUGGCGGCAACAAGCACUGGGAGAACUCAAGCUAUCAUUUAAACGGUGACAUAAACGGUUCAAUGCAGCACUUGUGGAAAAAGUCACCCUCUAAGUACAGCAAUAAUGAUGCUCAGGACGAUUCUCUGUCAGUAAGACGAGAGGAAAUAUUAUUUAGAUCUCAUAGUACCCCCUGGAACGCUGGUUUAGGUGGUAAAAAUAGUUCUGGAAUUAAAACUGUACAAACCGUAGCAGGACCACUGUUAUCAUCAUCAAGCGACGUUGACACAAAAUUACUUUAUCAAUCUCAAUACUCAACCGGGCAGUUUCCAAAAGUAAAUUUAUACUGUUCACCAACUCCAACUUUAAACGCUAAAACAGUAAAAGCCAGGUCACCAGUCACCGUAAGGAUAGCUCCACCAGAAACAAUAAAGUAUUCUCCACCAGAAAAGCAAAAAAUGCUUGCUAAUAUCUACCGUUCGGAGAAAAAAUCUCCCCAAAGUGUAGUCCAAGUCCUGAAGGAGAUUUCAUUAAAAAGACACGCGUCGAUGGACGACAUCUCCUUGGAAUUAGUAAAGAAGCAGCGGACUGAGAGCCACCGCGAGGAGUACGAGAGCUUUGAUGAAGGUACGCAGAAGCGGACUCGAGAAGACUUGUCCAAGUCCGAGGAUGACAUUUCUAUCGAGAACACAUCUUUGAGGCCUGUCAAGAGGACCAAAGUCCCCUCUUGCUACGAUAUCUUGAGCUCCCUGAGUUCGAGCACUAACGUCAUGACUUCCAGCAGCUCUGGAGUCAAAAGAAAGGCUGACUUAUCUCGCAGUGGAACUCCGGAGGUCGGAAAACACUUCAAGUCCUUCGACAGCAACCGAAGAAGCAAUUCAGUAUCUCCUCGAGCCAUCAUUAAUAAGUCUUCUUCUCCUUCAGCCCUAAGCAGGUCGAGCUCUGCUGAGUUUUUAGACGCCUGUGAUGACGACAAUAAAAAACAGACCGCUGAUUCGCCGAAACAAACUUCUCAGCAGAGUCCUGUUAGUAGUAAUAGCAAAGUUAAUUUAAUAAAUAAUAAUAAAUUAAUAACCCGAAAUUCACCGCAGCUGACUCAAUUAAAAGAUAAAUUAUUCAUGAGAGCAGAGCCGCAGAAUAUUGAUAAAAUAAAGACACUUAUCGAAGAGCAUGAUGUCACGGGAAAAUUCGGAGGCGAUGAUGCCGAUGAAAUAAAACAGUCUGAUAUUUUAACAAUGAGACAAACUAGCAUGAAAGCUAGACUGAAGAGUAUGUUCGAUGCGAUCUCCGGAAAAGCCUCCAGUGAAAUCGAUCCUAGUGUCGUUAUCCAGGCGGAUGAAGUCAACGAUCGACCUGCUACAUCUGCACCAAUAUCUACACCAGUGGCUUCAACUGCACAAUCCCAACCAGUACUUACGUCUCUAAGCUCCUCAACUUCAACGACAAAUGUCAACACUUCACCUAUCGCAACUUCCGCGAUAAAACCUAUUAUUGGUAAAUCUAAGGACAGCAACACUCCGGUUAAACGUGUUACUUUUAAUCUAUCCGGAGAAACAACUCCUACUAGCAGCACGACGCUGGUCAGUUCAUCAGCAGCUCCAAGCUUGCAAAAGUCUGAAGAGGCUACAAAUAAACCUUCAUUUUUCCAGAAAUCUCAAGUAUCAACUUCAACUUUUACUCCAGCUUCUGUCACUUCAACUGCUUUUAAUUCCGUGAAUUCAGCCACGACAGCUUCAGGAUUUUCACUGACUCAAGCUCCAGCUUCUACUACAGUGCAACCAUUAACUCAGAAGACCGAGUCAAUAAUAUCCAGCAGCUUCAAUUUACAAAAACAAGUACAAAAACCAGCCAGUACUUGUUCAACAAAUCUACCUUCUUCUUCUCCUGCGACUGGAUUUUCAUUUGGUAAGCCUGCAACAACUGCAACAACUGCAACAACUGCAACAACUGCCUCAACACCGUCAGAGAAUCUAACGAGUCAAGCACCACCAUUGAGCACAUCAUCAAAUACCUUUACAAGCAAUCAGCCUCCUGCUACAACUUCAGGAUUUUCAUUUGGAUCAAAUCCACCGACUACAACCACUGGAUUUUCAUUCGGUAGCACUCCAGCAUCUUCUGCUCCGCAAACUGUCGCUCCAAGCCCGGCUUUCACUGCUAAAUCUCCAGUAACAACUUCAUCUUCAUUAUUUUCCUUUACACCUACAGUAAGCACAAGUGUAAGUGCAAGUACAAGUACUUCCAACUUAGCAGCAUCUGCUCCAUCAACUACUACAACUGCAUCAACACCAGGCUCAAGCUCCGGCUCAGGGUUUAAUUUCAACGUGGCUAAACCGACAUUCUCAUUCGGUAACACGAGCAGUCCCCAAGUGACUGCUUCUACGCCUUUAGGAUUUGGGAGUCAAUCCGUGGCAGUUUUUAGAAGCGCCGCGGCUACUAGUACUCAGUCGACCCCUUCAUUUUCUACUCCAACAUCACAAACAACUACUUCAGUUCCAGCUGUGCUGUUUGGAGCAAACACCAGUACCCAGUCAUCCUUCUCCAGCCCGGCAAGUACUAUAACUAGUACAAAGCCGAGUAUUUUGUCAUUUGGAGUCCCCAAGACUACAGAAGUCCCGAGUUUUGGGAGCAAUACUCCCACAACUACUUCUAGUAUGUUCAACGGUGCUAACCAAACUAGUUCGUCUUUAAUGUUCGGAGGAAGUAAUUCUAACACUGCAUCUAAUCCUAGUACUAAUACUAAUACUAAUACUAAUACUAAUACAGGAAAUAAUUUAUUUGGACAAACUAAAUCACCUUCAUUUGGAUCGCAGCCAAACCUAACUUUCGGAGCUACUAAUUCAAAUCCUACAUUUGGUAAUAAUAAUACCAUGACAUUUGGAUCUCAAACUACAACAACUGCCAGUUUUGGUAGCACAACUCCAGCUACUGCUACUAAAGCCCCAACAUUUGGAUCUUCAACCGUGGCAAGUCCCGCGUUUGGAAGUACCUCAACUUCAUCAGCUGGAUUUUCAGGUUUUGGAGGGGCUAAUACAUCAUUUACACAAAAUAAAACUCCUCUUUUGCCAAAUACAUCAGCAGUAUUUGGCAGUUCAUCAUCAACAAGCUCUCCAUUUGGAGCACCAGCACCAGCUACAACAGCACCACCAGCAUUUGGAGCUACAACGACUGCGACUCCAGCAUUUGGUUCUACAUCAUCAAUGUUUGGAGCUGCGCCUGCAACAACUGCAACAACUGCUCCUCCUGCAUUUGGAGCAUCAUCAACGUCAGCGUUUGGCUCCUCGGCGACUUCUCCAGCGUUUGGAUCCAUACCAACGACGUCACCUCCAGCAUUUGGAUCCAUACCGACAACAACACCUCCAGCGUUUGGAUCCAUACCAACAACGUCACCUCCAGCGUUUGGUUCAAUACCGACAACAGCGCCUCCAGCAUUUGGGUCAGUACCAACGACAGCGCCUCCAGCAUUUGGGUCAGUAUCAACAACAGCGCCUCCAGCGUUUGGCUCAAUACCAACGACAGCGCCUCCAGCGUUUGGAGCUUCAACAGCAACCCCGUCAUUCGGUUCCUCAUCAACUCCAGCAUUUGGAGCAGCUUCAGGUGCUAAACCAGCGUUUGGUGGAUCCGCUCCUCCGGCUUUUGGAGCGACUUCUACGUCCACAACUCCAUCCUUUGGAGCUUCUUCGGCGCCUGCACCUUCUUUUGGCUCGUCAGCAGCAGCACCUCCGGCUUUCGGAGCUUCAAACACUUUUGGUGGCUCCUCGUCGACUCCUGCGUUUGGCUCUGCUAACACAAGCUUCAGCGGCUUUGGAUCCAGUUCUACUCCCGCUCCUUUUGGCUCAGCGGUCCCGAGCUUUGGCUCUGCUGCUACUAGCAACAAUAGUAAUAGUAAUAAUAGUAAUAAUAAUAAUAAUAAUAAUAAUAAUAAUUCUGGUAAUAAUGCUGGUGCCGGUUCAUUCAAUUUUGGAAGCACCAACCCUCCGGCGCAAAAUCCAGUGUACAGUUUCGGUGGAUCCGGAACUGGAAGCAGCAGCGCAGGAAGCGCGUCAACUCCGUUUCAAUUUGGAAACGCUGGGGCGUCAGCAGGUACCGGUGGAUUUAAUUUCAACGGUGCCGGGUCUUUUAACGCCGGAAGCAGCGCUGCAGGAGGAGGUGGUGGAAUGUUCAGCAUCGGAUCCGGAUCAACCGCUCCAAGAACACGUCCAGCUCGCUCAAGAAGACAGCAAAGAUGA